CCAGUACAGUGCCGAUGAGAAAAGGAUGUAGGAAAUUCUGUUGUUUACACAUGUGUCUGUUACACUGAGAAGAAAGAGGAGCCCAGCAAACACAGAGGGAGUGAAAUCAAAACGUGAAUUUAGACUCCAUUCAGAAACAAAUGGAAGAGAUAGAAGUUUUUGGGACCCAACCAACACAACCUGAUAAAUUAAAUAGAUGUUGGCAGCCAGGUGACCAUCUGUGUCAUUCAAAUCUUCCAUCUCAAAGUUUCUACUCAAAGUCACCUCAUCAUGCACAUAUGCAUUCAUGUUACAGCAGUGAUUGGGAAAUUUUUGAAGCAGUAAAAAUUCAGGAACUGGAGGAAGUCAAAGCCAGAGCUGCCCAAAUGGAGAAGACAAUGCGCUGGUGGUCAGAUUGCACCGCUAAUUGGAGGGAGAAAUGGAGCAAAGUUAGAGGAGAAAGAAAUAAGGCACGAGAGGAAGCAAGACAAUUGAGAAUCAAAUUAGAUGGUGUCAUAAAAGAAUUAAGUGUGCUUAAAAAAAUAAAUCAGGAUUUAGUAAGUGAGAAGGAAAACAUAGAAAAUGGAACUGCUUGGAAAACAGAAUGCUGUUGCUCAGAAAUAUCCUGUAUUGAAAAAGACCAAAACAUGUUAAUGUUUCUGGAACCAGAACCUCCAAAAGACCUAAACAAAAUCAUCAAAAUUCCUGAGGCAGAAGAGACAAAGAAGGAUGUAAACAAAGGCCAAAGCGACGACAAUAAAAAAUUCACCCCAAAGCCUCCUGAUUUCUUCACCAAUGGAUUUCCCAGCAUCUAUUUGGAGGAACCUAAAAUAAGUUUGGGCACUACAGCUAAGACAACAGAGAAUGAUUUAAUGCAUGUAUCAGUCUUAAAUUUGCAUUUGGCUGAGAUGAGAAAAUUCUUACAGAAGGAAAGAGAAAUGAAUGUAUUUCUGGAGAAAGAAAUGGAAAAGAUGGAAAAUGAAUUAUUUCUUUGGAAAUGGAAAUAUGAAGAACUGAGGCAAACCAAGCUGGAAAGCCUGAAACAGCUGGAAAGAAUGCAGUGUGAGAAUGCUUCUGAAUGGGGAAAGAGAAAGCGACUAGAAGCAGGAAAACUAAGUUUGGAAGAAGAGACCAGAAAACUAAAAAUGCAGGUAAAAGAAAUUCAGGAACCUCUGGAGAUGAAAAAAAUUAAGCAAUACUAGCUAAAUUAAGUUGUGAUCAUUAAAAUGCACAAGGUAGGCUUUUGGUUAAAAAUAAGCUUACUUUUAUUUAGUUUAGUGCUAUUACUUAGUUGGGUUAUUUGGGGAGCAUUCAAAACCAAAAUUACUAUUUCAAAAUGUCAAAAGGUAUCCCUAAAACAAAGAUUAUAAAAGACAAAGCAGUCCUUACUGCAUCCCAGACCUGAACAAUUGGAUCUCAGUGGCUUAAAAUUUUUGUAGGGUACAGAAACAGGAAAUAAUAGUGUUCAUUUUUAAAAGGAUCAGGGAGAAAUUUGAGUAUAACAAGAUUAGGAAGCAAAAGUGAAGACUGGGAGGAACAGAAGAGAUUUAAGUAAGCUUUGGAAGCUACAGAGUACUGAUGAAGGUCAAAGCGAAAAUAAACUAUGAGACAAAUAAUUUCCCUGUCUUGUUGAACAUUGAAUCUCUUCUUAGGAGAGGGAGAACUGAAGGAAGCGCUUAUUCCUUAUUUUUUUGUUCCUCCAAAGAUCUGUUCAUUUAUUGUCCAUUUAAAAAUGGCUUGAUAAUUUAUUCAGAGACUCUUGGACUUUAUUUUAUGGUUUUCUAUGCUGAUAACUAAAUAAUAAUCCAGAAGGCUCUCACUUUCAUUAAGACUCUGAAAGUUCAAAAAAGAGAAUGGAAAAAGACCCCCAAACCCACCAACCAAUCACUAAAUGUACAUAUCCGAUGCUAUGAGUUGAGUAGUGAGAAACAGUAAUUUUUUUUAUUUGCCUAAAUAACCAAUAAUUUAAU